GGGUCCACACCGGACGAUCCAUCGCGCUCCGAUCGCGCGCGGCAGCAGCGCGAUCCAAAGAUGCAGGCGGUGUAGACGUGCCGCGCGCGAUCCAUGCGCACGUAUUGGAGCGCGCGCUCCCUACCUCGCGCGAUCCGUGUGCGGUCGGUUUUUGUGCCAGCAUCAAAGGUGCCUCAGUUGCGUGAUGCGCGCGGUGUGGACGGUUGUGUUGGUUCGCGCGAUCCACCUCGCCAUGGACAUCUCAGAAAGUCGCCGUUUGAUAUCGCUUUAUAAAGAAUUUAAAUGUUUAUGGGAUCCCAAAGAUUCUAAUUACACCAAUAGAGGUGUUAGAGAUGAUGCUUGGCGUCAGAUUUCUCGUGAAAUGGGGAAUAAGUCGAUCGAGAACCUAAAGAAAAAAAUGCGAUCUCUGGCGGGAGGCUACAGAAGGGAGAAAUACAGAGAGAAGCAAAGCCGUAUAACUGGAUCCGGUGCUCAAGAUACAUAUAAAUCAAAGUGGUUUGCGUAUGAUGACUUCGACUUUAUGGCGGAUAAAAAUGAACCCGGAACCACACGCGAUACAUUGGAACAUGUAGAAUCUGAUACGACUGAAGGGGUUAAUACUACAGUGAGCGAAAACGAGAACAGUAACAUUAGUAGUGACAUACAACCGGAGAGAGCCAACCACCACACAGAGCAGAGUAGAGAGCACAAUGAUCAGAAUGCACAAACCAGUGUCCAAACAACAAACAAAAGAACAAAAAAAAGAAAGAAAACUACUUCUAAUAAUGCAGAUGACAUAUCAGAUGAAACUCUUUCAGAGGCUUUCCAACUUCUGCAACAAUGUGCUCAGCCACCACAACCGGAAACUGAUUCUUACAUUGCUUUCGGGCAGUAUAUAUCUACUGAAUUGCGGAAAUAUGAUGCAGUAACAUUAGCUAAUGUCAAAAAUGCUAUAUGCCAAGUUAUUUUUCAAGCUGACACAGGAAGAUAUGGGGAUAGCAAUUAUGGAUAUUACACUAAUUCAUAUCCUGGCACACCAAUAGCAUCCACUUCAUCACAGUCCCAGUCUCUACAACCUCAAAAUUAUCCAGCUCCAAUUCCACAGACAUCACCGUCUGCUCAUCUAGCCUCCAAUUCAUCGCAGUCCCAGUUUGAGAAACCUCAGGAUUAUUCACUUCCACAGUCAUCACCGAAUUAAAUAAGUACCUACCUAUAUACCUAUAUCAUGUUUUCAAAAAAUAAUUAAUAAUUGUAAACAUGUUACUUCUUUAAAUUAUGAUUGUAAUACAAUACUUUUUUAUUGAGUAAUAAAGUAUGGUUUUACUUACCU